AGAUUUAGUGGAGUGAUUCAUCUUCUCGACAGAGGAUCUUUGGUGCACAAGUCUGACAUAUAAAAGCCAACUGCUGUUAAAUACCAUUCUGAUUUCUUACUCUUUUACGUUGAUGUUCUGAUACUGGAGGUGUCUUUCUCUGUUUAUCACUGGACAUUUUUUUAUCUAUGUCAAAUCUAACAGCAUCCUAAUUGUUUCUUUCUCAAAGGCUUAAUGAUGUCUGAUGAUGAUUACGCAACAUCACCAAUGGCUCCCAAGGCAGAAGCAAAGCCAAAAUGCAAGAUUUCAGCCUCCCGCAAGCUCUCAUUGAAGAUCCUCUUGCUGGCUCGUGCGACUGAAGAGCUGGAGGCAGAGAAGGCAGCAAGAGAGGAAGAGAAGGUUCGCUAUCUGGGAGAGAAGCUUCCACCGCUGCAGCUCAUUGGUUUAAAUACAGAUGACCUACAGAAACUCUGUAAGCAGAUUCAUGCAAAGAUUGAAAUGGUGGAUGAGGAGCGGUAUGACUGUGAGGCCAAAGUCAUCAAGAACAACAGAGAUAUCAAUGAAUUGAAUCUAAAAGUGCAGGACCUCGGAGGAAAGUUCAAGAAGCCAGCUCUGAGGAAGGUGAGAGUGUCAGCAGAUGAGAUGAUGAGAGCUCUCUUUGGAUCCAAAAACAAGGGCUCUAUGGACCUGAGGUCAAACCUCAAGUCUGUAAAGAAAGAGGACAUCAAACAAGAGAAGGAGCUGACCUUGGAGGUGGGUGACUGGCGUAAGAAUGUGGAGGCCAUGUCUGGUAUGGAGGGCAGGAAGAAGAUGUUUUUGAUGCAUGAUGUUAGAGAGUAAUAAAUAAUAAUUGAGUCAAAAAUUUAAAAAAAGAAAAACAAAAGAAGUAAAUGAAAAAGCUUUAGAAAAUCGAAAAUUGCCUGGGAGGCUCAUGUUUGAUGAAGCUCAGCAGUGAAAUAUAAAGAGUGCAGUGACGUACUGUAAAUUUGCCGUCACAACAGUAGUUCCUGUGCUGGACUUUUCAUUGAUUUCUUUCUGCAUUUAGAAGCUGCAGCUGUUUUGGCAGAAGUGUAAUAAAACACAUGACUUUCAAGUCACUGUAGUUUUUAGUCUGUUCUCAAGUAGACUAUUUGUAAAAUAGCAUUGUGAAUACACAGUAUAUUACUGCCUGAUAAUGCUGUUAUGUAAAAGAAUACAAUAAAUGUGUACAUAUUGCC